AUGCUGGCCAUACAGAUGGAUCGUCUGGAUUUCCAGAAGUUACGCUUUGAAGUAUAUAAUAAAAUUUUCUUGUAUGAAAUAUUUGUUAAUAUUAAGACUUUUUUCAGUUAUCUUGCUCAUGGAAAUGCUGUACGUACACAAUCCUGGAAAUUUCAAAUAGGAAGAUCUACAGCAUAUAAAAUUAUAUCUGAGGUAUGCCAAGCCAUUUGGAAUGCUUUUCAACCAACAUAUCUCCCGGACAUGAAUAGUGAGAAAUGGUCCAACGUAGCUGAUGAAUUUUAUUUGAGAUGGCAGUUUCCCAACUGUAUCGGAGCGAUAGAUGGGAAACAUAUUAAGAUACGAUGUCCUCCAAACAGUGGGUCAGACUUUUAUAAUUACAAGCAAUAUUUUAGUAUUGUCCUUUUAGCAAUAUGUGACGCUCGAUGUAAAUUCACUUGGGUUGACAUUGGUCAGUAUGGAUCUAUAAGUGAUGGCGGAGUGUGGAGUAGAUCAAAAUUUGGAAACGAUUUGGAACGUGGAUAUAUCGAUCUUCCUCCCCCAAAGAAUUUACCAUUAACUAAUAUACCUAUUCAUCACGUAUUUGUGGGAGAUGAAGCCUUCCCUCUAAAAACAUACUUACUUCGUCCAUAUAAUAGAAAGGAUUUGGGAGAUGCAGAACGUGUGCUCAAUUACCGCUUAUCUAGAGCGAGAAGAAUUAUCGAGAAUGCUUUCGGAAUAUUGGUUUCCCGCUGGCAAAUACUAACCAGAACAAUUUGUUGCACCCCGGACAAUGCAACUCAUAUGAUUAAGGCUAUAGUGUGCCUACAUAAUUACCUUACAACUGCAGAAGAACAGUAUACGAAACUACAAACGAGAACGUAUUGUCCAAAUGAUUUAUUUGACUGUGGGAACCUUGAUCAUGAGGAAAACGAUGAUAGAACAUUAGGUAGCUUGAAGGAUCAAACAGUACUUGGUAAUUUCGUGGAUUUGACACGAAUAGGUGCUAACAAUGCUCGCAAAGAUGCUACUCAGCAGAGGAAUACGUUGAGAGAUUAUUUUGUAUCGGAAUUAGGUGAACGAGAAGCUCCUUGGCAAUAUAGAUGUGCAUUUAAAGGUUUAGUUAUUAAUGAUGCAGAAUAACAUAAGAAUAAUGUGAGAAGUAG